AUGGCGUCUCAAUUCCAACAGAAUGAUAGCAACCUACUCGGUUUGCCCACCGAAAUUCUCUCUGAGAUUGUCAAGGAACUCCGUUUUAUCCAUGUUCCUUUUAGCGCUGAGUACCCGGACAUCAAAGUCGAGAAAGAGACCCAUGAGAACCUCAAGUCAUUGAGAUUAACGCACAGAGCAUUCGCAAACUGCGAUGACUUGAACUGCAUCCUCUUCAGUAACAUCUGUCUUGAACCCACGCGUGCUAGUCUCACAAGUCUUCAACGCGGUGACUUCUCCCGCGUCGCUCUUCAUGUGCGUUCCGUCACGUUCACGACACCACCCAGCUGGGCACUUCCCUACAAAGCGUAUGAGAAGAUUCUACGCGGUUCGCAGGAAUCAUCCGUGCUCUUUUUGCCCGACGGGCUGAAAGCUGCAUAUGAUGCCUAUAUGAGCGAUGCUAGAGAUACGCAGGCAUUGCUCGAGGAUCCAGAAGGGGAGCUUAAGCAAGCAUGGACAGGCAUUAUCGAGAUCUUGGGAGACCGCCUUGAAAAGGUGAAGCUUCUUAGCUAUGACUGUGAGAGAAUCCGCCAGGUCAACUACAUUGACACUCCCAACACGGACGUCGGUGUUCCGUCGCAGCUUCCUCGACAUAACCAUGAAGAUGAUAGAUGGGCGCAUUUUGAGCUCCGCGAUGAAAACUCCGAGCCUACCGUCGAGUAUCAUUGCAAGCACGCUACCGCUGUCACUGGUGACAAGCUCAUUGCCAUGGUCCUUACAUGCCUGGCGGCUUCGGGUGUUGCUGUCCCCAAUCUUAAUAUGCAGCUAUUCAUGACCGGUGAUCUCGAGUGCAAAGACAUCCCUGGAUGGGAAGACCUCGACUUCAGUAAGCUCAAGGUCCUACACAUCUCACCGGAGAUCCCUUCUGGCGAGAACGGGCUCGUUGAGCGACACCUUUGGGCCAUGUCAAACUCGCAAGCCGAGAGGAUGAAGAUCAAGUCUGGUGACUUCUGUCACGAUUUGUUAGACAAGUGCCACUCCAGCAUCCAGCACUUUGCCUAUGGUAUAGAUCACGUCGGAAAGGGUGUUCUCUGCUGGCCAACUCGAAAGCCCAGCCACGACUUCCCAGAGCUUACUCGCCUAACCCAAAAGGGCAACAUUUUCCCCCAAGCCCUUGCACACUGGCUUCUGCACUUGAAGAGUCUGCGACAUCUCGAGGUAUCUGGCAAAGUUUGUCGAGGACCGGCGGACGUCGACUGGCGCUUUGUCUUCAGUGCGAUACGCGAGCAUCCCAACGUAUCAGGCGAGACUCCGAAAGGUCUUAGGGUUGAUCUUGAUGAGCUCCACAUGGAGGGCGACGUUUCAUACAGCGGGGUUAUCUGCAAGGAUGCGAGCAUUGCUACGAAGAGACAUGAGCGCGAUAUGAGUCUUGAACUUUGGGAGGAUUUGAACUAUGGCAUGGAAGCUCACCUCUAUGGUGAGAUGCCUUUCGGAGAAAACAAGGCUCUUUUAUACUGUAUGGGUCAAUGGGAACCGACGGACGAGGGGGAAGAGAGUGAUUGA